UCAUCUGCUCAUCCAGUGGGGUGAUGAGGGUGUUCUGCUCCUCUGAGGGGGAUCAGCUCCUCUACAGCUGGACUCUGAAUGGAGAUCCACUGAAGGAUGGAAACAGCAGCAUUGAUCUGGAUGAAGGAACUGAUGGAGACAUCAGCUGCAGCGUGAAGAACCACGUCAGUCACGCACAGAAGACCAUUAGACUCAAACCCUGUCCUGGUCUGGAUCAGUUCUGCAGGUUUGAUCAGUCUGAUCCCUGUUACACAGCUCUGGGACACAAACUCAAUCUGAUGAUGGUGCAGGACGCUAGUAAAUAUGACCUGAAGAUAACAAAGAUAAUAAACUACACACAAGAUGAUCCAGUUUGUAGAGUAAAGUAUGACAGGAUGAGGAUGAGUGAAUGUGAUCUUUAUAAUAACAGACCUGAAGUGACAGUCAUUAAUGGGUCUCUGAUAAUAAACCGUGUGAACAGAACAGAUUCAGGGAAUUACAGAUUAAGACUCGUUGACUCAGACGGCUCAGAAACAUCUCGAGAUCUUCAAGUGAUUGUUGAAGCUCCGAUUGGCUCAGUGGAAGUGUCAAUCAUCUGCUCCUCCAAUCAGACUUCAGUGUUCUGCUCCUCUGAGGGGGAUCAGCUCCUCUACAGCUGGACUCUGAAUGGAGAAAUACUAGAAGGACCAAUGUUUAGAAACAGCAGCAUUGAUCUGGAUGAAGGAACUGAAGGAGACAUCAGCUGCAGCGUGAAGAACCACGUCAGUCACGCACAGAAGACCAUUAGACUCAAACCCUGUCCUGGUCUGGAUCAGUUCUGCAGGUUUGAUCAGUCUGAUCCCUGUUACACAGCUCUGGGCUACAAACUCAAUCUGUCAUUGGUGCAGGAUGCUAUUAAAUAUGAUCUGACGAUAAAAAAGAGAAUAAACUACAACACAGCAGAUGGUUCAGUUUGUAGAGUAAAGAAUGGCAGGAUGAGGACGAGUCAGUGUGAUCUUUAUAAUAACAGAACUGAAGUGACAGUCAUUAAUGGGACUGUGAUAAUAAACCGUGUGAACAGAACAGAUUCAGGGAAUUACAGAUUAACAUUCUCUCACUCAGAAGGUGAAGAAACAUCUCGAGAUCUUCAAGUGAUUGUUGAAGCUCCUAUUGGCUCAGUGGAAGUGUCAGUCAUCUGCUCCUCCAGUGGGGUGAUGAGGGUGUUCUGCUCCUCUGAUGGAGAUCAGCUCCUCUACAGCUGGACUCUGAAUGGAGAUCCACUGAUGGAUGGAAACAGCAGCAUUGAUCUGGAUGAAGGAACUGAUGGAGACAUCAGCUGCAGCGUGAAGAACCACGUCAGUCACGCACAGAAGACCAUUAGACUCAAACCUUGUCCUGGGUCAACUACUGCAGCUGUGACCUCUGUGACCUCUAAUGUGACCUCUAAUGUGACCUCUGCAGUAACCAGAAGCUCACAGACAUUAGAAAAUGUUUUGCUCAUUGUGAUUGCUUCUGGCUGCGCUGCUCUGAUCCUGAUUCUGCUGUUCACUAUCGUAUGUUGCGUUUACAAGAAAAAACAGUUAAAGUCAACACCAGCCCCUGCUGGAGAUACGGAGCUCAUUUACAAUAAUAUUCCUAAGAAAAAGAAUGAAAAGACGACAACAGAAUCGCUCCCGGCUGCUGAUGAGGAAUACGCCGCGGUGCGACCGCAGACAAAGAGGAAGAAGAAGAAGAAGGGGGAGGAAGAGGAGAAUGGCGAGGUGACAUUCGCUCCGAACCACUCAGUCGCUCCAAUGCAGCCUCAGGAGGAGAGAAGUAUUUACGCACAGGUACAAAGACGCUAGUCUCACAAUAACAAGAUCGCACUUUACCUGGGAAACCAAGUGCUUUUUUCACUUAUGUUUGACUUUGUGAGUUUUAUGGAUUGUAUUAAGCACAUAUCUCUUUGCAGUUGUAAAUUAUUAUGUGUGAUUUAUUGUAUGUUGAUAUGAACUGUAGAGCAAGGGCUCCAUGAGAUGGUUAGUGAGCAAGAGAAUGAAAAGAAGAGGAAACCAAAUGCAAGUUAUUUUUUCUCAAUCUACUGAGCUCUUCUAUUUUUAGCACUUCUCGAUUUGCAGCUGCGACUUUAUGACACCCAGGAAAGCUUAAACGUGAGUCACCUUGUAAUCAUGAAUAUUGAGGAGGUCAUCGAGUUGCUCAAUAAUCAUGAAAGCAGCAGUUUGGUGAUUUUGAAUCAAUAAAACAUUUUUAGUUCAAAAUUCACAGAGAACCUGAGCUUGCUAGAUUGAGUUCUAGAGGAUACAGAAGUUAUGAAGAGAGUUUAAAGGUGAUAUAAGAGAGUUAAAACGAGGGGUUAAAACAGUUCAAAUAUCUGCAUUCGUCUGUCUGGAGUGAGUUGAAGCAGUCACGUGUUUUUAACCUUUAAAUCAGGGUCAGAAAAUAAAAACAUUCAAAACAAAAUGAAACAAAAAAAUUCAAGAUGAAGUGGCAAAAAUUGCAACUGCACAAUUAAACAAUUGAUUAUCACUUAUUCAAUUCUUUGCGCUGGUGAAUUCCAUAAUCAUAACCAACGAGAGUCAUUGACCGACAUUGACCUGGACGUUUCCCCAGAACCCAGACACAAAAAAAAGUUUCAUGUUUUCAUUAUUCAGCAUUAAUAAUCAUUAUUACAAUACCAAGAGCAAUAAUAUAUUUAAAAUGUUGUCAUAAUAUUGCAGCCAUAUUGGCUCCUGUUUUUAAACAUGUAAUUUAGAUACAUGUUUAAACAUU